CACCCCUUCCCCACAGUGGACGUGCCCGACCACGCCCACUACACCAUCGGCUCCGUCAUCCUCGCCAUCGGCAUCACGGGCAUGGUCGGCAACUUCCUGGUCAUCUACGCCUUCAGCAGGAGUCGCAGUCUGAGGACUCCAGCCAACAUGUUCAUCAUUAAUCUGGCGAUCACUGACCUGCUGAUGUGCGUCACGCAGGCGCCGAUCUUCUUCACCACCAGCAUGCACCGCAGGUGGAUCUUUGGAGAGAAAGGCUGUGAGCUGUAUGCCUUCUGCGGCGCUCUCUUCGGUAUCUGCUCCAUGAUCACUCUGACGGUGAUCGCCGUCGACCGAUACUUCGUCAUCACGCGACCUCUGACCUCCAUCGGCGUUCUCUCCAAGAAACGAGCGUUCCUGAUCCUGGUGGCGGCCUGGAUCUACUCUCUGGGCUGGAGCCUGCCCCCCUUCUUCGGCUGGAGUGCGUAUGUCCCUGAGGGUCUCCUGACUUCCUGUACGUGGGACUACAUGACGUUCACUCCGUCGGUGCGAGCCUACACCAUGCUGCUCUUCAUCUUCGUCUUCUUCCUGCCGCUCUUCAUCAUCAUCUACUGCUACGUCUUCAUCUUCAGAGCCAUCCGCUCCACCAACCAGGCGGUGGGGAAGAUGAACGGCAGCGUUCAUUCUCACAGCAGCAGCAGAGACUCGGUGAAGAACUUCCAGCGUCUGCAGAACGAGUGGAAGAUGGCCAAGAUCGCUCUGAUCGUCAUCCUGCUCUACGUGGUGUCCUGGUCGCCCUACUCCACCGUCGCCCUCACCGCCUUCGCCGGCUACGCGGAUAUGUUGACGCCGUACAUGAACUCUGUCCCCGCCGUCAUCGCCAAGGCCUCCGCCAUCCACAACCCCAUCAUCUACGCCAUCACACACCCCAAGUACAGGAUAGCGUUGGCGAAGUACAUCCCGUGUCUCGGCUACCUGCUCUGCGUCCAUCCUCGCGACAUGCGCUCGGCGAGCAGCAGCUUCAUGUCGACGCGGCGCUCCACCGUCACCAGCCAGACGUCCGACAUCAGCAGCCAGCUGAAGAGGCAGAGCUACGGCAAGUCCCGCCUCUCCUCCGCCUCCGACAGCGAAUCGGGUCUGACGGACACCGAGGCUGACCUAUCCAGCAUGAGUUCCCGCCCCGCCAGCCGCCAGGUGUCGUGUGACAUCAGCAGAGACACGGCGGAGCUGCCCGACGCCAAACCGUCCGCCAGCUUCAAGUCAAAGGUCAAGAGCCACGACUCGGGCAUCUUCGAGAAGACGUCCUACGACAAUGACGUCUCCACCGCAGGAGUCGCUGAGCGCGGCAGCAUCCCAAACUCGGAUCACACGGAGGGACACGUGAUGAGAGGAACGAUUGGUCGAAUCCCGAGCAUCGUGGUCACCUCUGAGACCAGCCCCUUCCUUCCCAUUGGACGAAAUGGAUCCAGCAAGUCCCGCCCCAAGUCGGCCAAUAACAACAGCACGGGGGCGGGGUCUGGGUAGAGCGCCCGCUGCCACGUGACCAGCUGACGUCCAGUCACACGGGGUUAACCUGAAGUCCAGAAACAAAGUUUUACACCUCGUAGGUUUUAGAGAAGUUGAUUCCAACUCUCUUUUAGUUUUAACUAGAGAGCAGAUUUUAGUCUCAAGUCUGUCAAAGUCAAACCUGGACCUUUUUUUAUCCAAUGAAAUGAGUGUUUGGCCACUAAAAGAGCAACUUAACACCUUUUUUUUGUACACCAUAUUUGAAAAAUGCCCUCAAAGUUCUGACAGAUCAGUGCACCAGAGUCCCUUUAAUUUAUUGGACGUUUUAUCCAAAAACAGCCCUGAACUAGAAUGAGACUCUGCCGAAACCAAAGGUGCUUUAAGUCGUAAUGUGGAAACAACAUGGACACUACAAAGAAGACAUGUUGUGUUUUAUUAUUCAGACUUUAAACAACAUGUUGGCAGCUGUUUCAAGUGUUUGUGUGACAAUAAAGAGCAAAAUUAACAAAUCAGGCGAGCCAUGAGAAACGCCCCAAACAUUUUUUGUAGUUCAGACUUGAGGGGGCGUUCAUGUGUGGGGACAAAUUUGUCAGAUUAUUUUGACGCUUCAAGAACACAGCACAAAUAUCCCAUGUCGCAAUGUUAACAAAAGUGAAAAUUUGUUUGUGUAUCCGCCCUGUGAUUCAGAAUCUAAUGGAUUUUUUCCCUGGCUCGCCAUUCCACCAAAUAACAAAAAUCCUUUGUUUGUUUUCUUUGUUUUUUCCUUUCAGUGAAAUUCUCUGAUUGAAUUUGAGUUACCUCUGGCACACAGUUCCAUUGUGCAUGACUGAGGCUUUUAUUGUGAAAGGCAAGAAUGAGUUUUAGAAGAUCGACCUUCAAAAGCUUUAUUUUCAGUCGCCUAAAACUCAGUUUGGACAUGUAUGCAAUGCAGAAACAUGUGUACGCGAUGCACUGAAAAAUGUAAGUUUUUAAAAAUAUCUUCAUACAAGUGGACAUGGCCUGAAUCAUACUGAAAAAACAAACAAAAAUGCCUCUAUACUGAAAGUAUUUUUGGUGUUAAGUUGCUCUUUGUGUUGUGAAUUUUUGUUUUGAGAACAAAUACUUUAAUUUCUUUAUUAAACCUUUAUAUUUACGACACCUGUGUGAGGGCUGUUUGAUCCCUCUGUCGCAUUUUUACUAUUAAAACAGUUCAUUUUGUCCUGGAGCCAAACAAGUAUUUAUUUAUUUUUUAUUUUUUUAAGUUUAACCCAAAGAAAGUCAUGUUCCAGGUGGUAUUGUUCCUAUGAUGCAGGUGAAGGCCCCGGAGCCCUUUUAGCAACAGUUUUCUCAUGUUUCAGGAAAACUGAUUCACAUACGACGACUGUUUGUGAUCAGGUAGAUGUUUCUCUUGUGGCACACGAUGCGAUUUUUCUACAAAAAAAGAAAAAAAACACCCUGUGGUUUCCUGUUUGUGUUCUUGUUGUCUGUUGCUUUUUGAUUUAUUUUAUUUUUGUGUUUCCAGCUCAGCCCUCUGCAGAGUACCGUUAAAGUUUUUCUUAUAAAUACACUUUAGGAACCGCAAUUCU